AUGGCUUCGGUGACUAUCAACGCCCCGAGCGGCGGCUUCCUCUAUUCGAACUCCAGGAAUGCUCGCCUCAUUAUCACUGCCGAGACCCCCGAGUUCGAUCGUGAAUUCGUCGAAGCCUGGCUGAAGGAGGGAUUUAAUGUCGUAUACGUCCCUUAUAGCGAGGAUGAAAAGGAGUACGCUCGUCGCCUGACGGCUGUCAAAGAGGGACUCAGUGUUGGCGACAACUAUGGUAUUAUCGCGUUUGGUGACGCGGCAGCGUUCUGUUUGGAAUAUUAUCUCAAGCCGAAUAACGUCAGUCGCCUGUGCGCACUCGUCUGCUACUACCCGACCAGCAUCCCCGAUAUACGGUCGCACUACCCGCAGACGGUGCGCAUCUUGACGCACCUGGCUGGCGAGGUCAUCGACGUUAUCACCACACCGACGGUUCUGGGCUUGCAAGGUAAAAAGAAGCGAACAACCAGGCAGAUCAACCCCGGAAUCGGGGUAGGAGAGCAGCUUGAAAUCGGACACCGCGCAUAUACAUACUCUGAAUCCGAGCCAGGUUUCGCCGAAGUGGACCAGGAGGAGUAUAAUCGGCUAGAUGCAGACCUUGCGUUCACUCGAUCACUCGAGAUGCUUCGGAGAGCUUAUGGACAGGACAGGGAUUUGGAAAAGCCUUGGGAGGAGCAUUUGCAGGGCAAAUUCUUCUCUCUGGACCUUGACGAUACUAUGCAGCAUUACACCAAGAACCUCACUCCUACCGUCACAUACGCACCGACCCUUAGCGGUGGCACCGGGGCGCGUGCUCUCCGUCGUUUCUAUGAUAAAUAUUUCCUCCAGAAGCUUCCUCCGUCAAUGCGCCUGCGUCUGAUUUCACGAACCACAGGCGCCGAUCGCGUGGUGGAUGAGAUCUACAUUUCCUUCGAGCAUACCCAGGAAGUCCCGUGGAUGCUCCCGGGAGUCCCUCCAACCAAUAAGAGGGUAGAGAUCGUCGUAGUGAGCAUCGUUAGCCUACGUGCUAAACAGCUGUACUCCGAACAUAUUUACUGGGACCAGGCAAGUGUCCUGGUCCAGGUCGGCUUGCUCUAUCCCAAGCUCGUUCCUCAAGGUGUGCAGGGCCUUGAUCGCCUGCCGGUUAUCGGACGGGAGUCGGCUCGCCGAAUCCUCAACGAGGACCCGGAGGUCGAUGAGCCAGAAUUCCACAACCGGUUGAUCAUCCGCGGGAAGAAGCGAAGAGAGAGUAAGAGCAGUAGCGCCACGAAGAGUCAACUGCAGUCUCCGGCGCCGUCAGAGACGGAGAGCCCCAACAAGGGAAAACAGGCCGGCGCCCAGAACGGAGAAGAGAGCAAAGAAGAGAGCAGGGGAGAAAGCUGGGGAGAGAACAGAGAAGAGAGCAAGGAAGAGACCAUAGAGACCAGCAGCACCCAAAAUUAUGAAAAGAGCCAUGUCGAGGAAGUCAAGGAAGGCCAGGAAGAGGAGCUUUGA